GCUAAGAGACCGUGCCGCGCAAUGUCCUUUGUGGGGCCCCGUAGUGACGGACCCGAGGUGGUAUUUCUGGGAUCUGAGUGGGACUGAGGCGGCGUGGGUGCCCGGGGCCACGCGCCGAGGACCGGUAGGCCGCGUCUACUCUGUGCAGUCACCGCCGGAACCCGUCGCCCUAGUAACGGGCAGGGGGCGAGGGGGGCUCAGUCGUACCCCGGCUGCUGAAGGUGUAAGUGGAGCCGCCGCCAUGCCGCCUGGCCCGGUUCGAGCCCCGCCUCCGGCCUCGGUGUCCCUGUUUGACCUCAGUGCCGGUGACCCGCUCCUUCAGGGCCUGCGCCUCGUGGACCAAGCGCAGGGCGCGGCCUUGCCCCCGGCCCCGGCCGGCCCAGAGUCAGGGAAAGAAGCCGGCCCCGGGGAGCGGCGGGGCCCCAAGGGCCACAGCGAAGUCUCCGAUCGCAUGUUGUGCUCGGCCUGUGGGCAGUCCUUCCCAAGCCGCCAGGAGCAAAGGGAACAUUACCGGUCAGACUGGCAUCGGUUUAACCUGAAGCAGCGCCUGCAGGGCCGGCCCCCCCUGUCUGCCCAGGAAUUUGAGAGGCAGAGCUGUUCAGGAGACCUCUCCAGCAUCUCAGGCUCGGAAGACUCGGACUCGGAGCCCGACACAGAAAGCGAGGAGUCAGAGGGCUUGGAUCCACCGAAUGAGGAGGGGGCAAAGCCCGGAAGGCCAGAUCGGCCCCAGGGCUUUCACCCACACCGAGCCUUCUUCUGUAAUGAUCAGGGCCAGUUCCUCUCCGCCUUUCGAUGUCUCCUGGGGCCUCGCCGGGACCCCCCAGAGGAAGCCGAAUUGCUGUUGCAGACCCUACAGGGUGGGGGUCCUCAGUGCUGUGUGGUUCUCAUGGCUGCAGCAGGUCAUUUUGCAGGGGCCAUCUUCAGAGGGAGAGAAGUAGUGACACACAAAACAUUUCACCGCUACACUGUGCGGGCACGUCGGGGAACGGCCCAGGGUGUUCAGGAUGCCCGAGUUGGAGGGUUUCGCUCUGCUGGAGCCAACCUGAGGCGCUACAAUGAAGCGGCACUAUACAAGGAGGUGCGCGAGCUGCUGGCAGGGCCAGGCUGGGCAGGGCCACUGGGGGAGGCAGGGACUAUACUGCUUCGAGCCCCCCGGUCUGGCCGGGCUCUCUUCUUCGGGGGCCGUGGAGCACCACUGCACCGGGGGGAUCCCCGUCUCUGGGAUAUUCCCCUUGCUACCCGUAGACCCACCUUCCGAGAGCUUCAGCGUGUACUUCAGGUGUUGGCCAUGGUGCACAUUCAUGGAGAAGACCCAAGGGAAAUGGCCAGACUGGAUUCUCCUCAGAGAGAAUGGAAAGUGAAAAGUGAGAAAAAGCCGCCCAGCAGUCAGGAGAAGGGUCCAAGUGAUGAUGAUGAGGUCCUUAGGCUGAGUGGGUCUGAAGAAGGAAGCUCCCCUGUGGAGCUAGAGCUGGUGGAGUUGACCCUGGGAACCCUAGAUCUUCGUGAGUUUGAAUUAUUGCCCAAGAGGAGAAGAAGAAAAAGGAAGAAGAAGAGCCAGGAGGAGGUUGGAGUUGGGGGAGAGAUGGCUUUACACUCCCCGCAAGAAACUGUGCCCCUUCCACAGACAUGCCAGGAAAACCCGGUGCCUCUGCAGCCUUCCCAGGAAGAGGCUGGAACCACAGGGCAGCAAGAGCUGUGGGAUACUCUGUGGGCAGCCUGCCGCUCAGGAGACGUUGGACAGCUCAAGCACCAGCUGGCGGCUCUCCCCUCCGACUCGCCCAUCUCCCUUCUGCUCAGUGCGCCCUUGGGCUCUGGUGAUUCUACCCUCUUACAUGCAGCAGCUGCAGCUGGCAGGGGCCUAGUGGUCCAGCUCCUUCUGGAGAGUGGUGCCGACCCCACAGUCAGGGAUUCCUGUGCCCGGCCCCCAUACGCAGUUGCAGCUGACAAAAUGACACGUAAUGAAUUCCGCAAGUUCAUGGAGAAAAAUCCAGAUGCCCAUGAUUACAACAAGGCCCAAGUGCCAGGGCCCCUGACAGCAGAGAUGGAGGCACAGCAAGCGGCUCGCCGUCGAGAGCAAAAGGCAGCGAGGCGGCUACGGGAGGAGCAGCGUCGCAAACAGCAGGAGCAGGAGAAGCGUGAGCAAGAGGAGCGUCGGAGAUUCGCUGCCCUCAGUGACCGGGAGAAGAGGGCUCUGGCUGCUGAGCGAAGACUGGCUGCCCAGCUGGGGGCUGCAGCCCCUCAGACGCCCAGCCUCCUCAACACUAGGCGCUGUUGGGGUUGUGGGGCAUCUCUCCAGGGGCUUGUCCCCUUUCACUAUCUUGACUUCUCCUUCUGCUCUACACGAUGCCUACAGGAGCACCGCCGGGGAGGGCGACCACUCUCCUGAUCUUCUAUUAGCCCCCCUGCCAAUGGGGUGGGGGGCACAGAAGGGCUCUCCAAGGGAAAUGGAGUGUUCAGGCUGACUGUAGGUCUCUCCUCCAACUCCUAUUCCAUUCUUGCUCAUACCUCUGCUGUGGUACCAAAGAAGGAUGCAGAAAGCCAGAGGGAGGGAGUGUCAGAGAGGUCACAGCAAGAAUGGGCAGACACGUGUAUGCAGGGAGAAGCUACAGGGUCUCUGAAAUUUAAUGCAAUAAAGUUUGAUAAACAGUA